CUCUUUUGAAUUUUGCCUCUUCGAAUUUUUUAUUUUUAUUUUCACCGGGAUAUACGCAUGAUUACGAUACAGAAGAAGAGUCUCUAGAAAAAGCAAGCUCGACGACAAUGGCGGCCUCUAACUAGUUAGAGUUACCUACCUCCUCCUGAACUUACGUUCCCCACCAACCACAAAGUCUCGCUUUUCCUUCUUCCUUCAUUCCUUACAGAGGCCCGUACAAUCCUCCGAUGGCUUCUAUUACUCCUCAUUCCGCUUCUUUCCAGACCCAUCGCGGACGCCGCCGCCGUCUGCAUUCCUCGUCGCUUCUUAAUUCGUCGUUGUCGCCACGCAGCGUUUCACAGCUUGACUUCCGCCGCCUAUCAAGUCCUCCCCCGGCGCCGCGAGCUUUGGCGGCGGCGGCUUUGAUCGACGACAGGGAGGGAAACAGAGGACGGAGUAGGCAUGGUGGCAAGUUUGCAACGGCGGCCACGAAGAGGAAUGUGUUCAGCGAGGGAAUAGUUAGCGGCGGCGGUGAGGAAGAAGGAGCGAAUUCAAACUCCUUCGAGGACGAACAGUUCGUGAGGUGGUUCCGGGAAGCUUGGCCUUAUCUCUGGGCUCAUCGGACCGGGACUUUUGUGGUUAUUAUCUCUGGUGAAAUUGUGUCCAGUCCUUACUUAGAUGCGAUUCUCAAGGACAUAGCAUUUCUUCAUCACCUGGGAAUUAGGUUCGUGAUCGUUCCAGGGACGCAUGUUCAAAUUGAUAAUCUGUUGGCUGAGAGAGGGCAUGAGCCUAAGCAUGUGGGGCCGUACAGAAUUACUGACCCAGAAGCUCUGGCUGCAUCAAUGGAAGCGGCUGGCAAGAUUCGGGUGAUGAUAGAGGCUAAACUUUCUCCUGGACCUUCCAUAUGUAAUGUGCGCAGGCAUGGUGACAGUAGCAGGUGGCAUGACGUGGGAGUCAGUGUUGCUAGUGGGAACUUUCUCGCAGCCAAGAGAAGAGGAGUUGUUGGAGGUGUUGAUUUUGGGGCAACAGGUGAAGUGAAGAGAGUAGAUGUUGACCGUAUGGGUGAGAGGCUUGACAGUGGUUGCAUUGUUGUGCUAAGCAACUUGGGCUAUUCAAGCUCUGGUGAAGUUUUGAAUUGCAACACAUACGAAGUUGCUACAGCUUGUGCCUUAGCAAUUGGAGCAGACAAACUUAUUUGCAUAAUGGAUGGUCCUAUUCUUGAUGAGAAUGGGCACCUCAUUCGUUUCUUAACUCUCGAGGAAGCAGACACUUUGAUUCGUGAACGGGCUAAGCAAAGUGAGGUAGCCGCUCAUUAUGUGAAGGCUGUUGCAGAAGAGGAUCCUUCUUCUUCUGUCGAAGAUACGGAUUCCAUUUCCAUAGUUGCUUCCUCACAGAAUGGGAUAGCUGUCAACACGAAACACAAUGCAGCAUUUCAUAAUGGUGUUGGUUUUGACAACGGAGGUGGAUUGUGGUCAGGAGAACAAGGUUUUGCCAUUGGUGGUCAGGAAAGGCUCAGUCGAUCGCACGGUUAUCUCUCGGAAUUGGCUGCUGCAGCUUUUGUUUGCAAAGGUGGAGUCCAAAGAGUGCAUCUACUAGAUGGUACAAUCGGUGGGGUUUUACUGUUAGAACUCUUCAAAAGAGAUGGGAUGGGAACUAUGGUAGCUAGUGACCUAUAUGAAGGAACCCGAAUGGCUAGGCCGAAUGACCUUGCUGGAAUAAAGCAGAUCAUACAAACCUUUACAAGAAGCAGGAGUGUUGGUUCGAAGGACGGAUGAAGAGCUGCUUAAGUCGUUAGAUUCGUAUUAUGUGGUGGAAAGAGAAGGUCAAAUCAUUGCUUGCGCUGCUCUUUUCCCUUUCUUUGAGGAUAAAUGUGCAGAGGUAGCAGCUAUUGCAGUUUCUUCUGAUUGUCGUGGGCAAGGGCAAGGAGACAAAUUGUUAGAUUAUAUGGAGAAGAAGGCAUCCUCACUGGGUGUGGAAACGCUGUUCCUCCUGACUACCCGCACUGCAGAUUGGUUCAAAAGACGGGGUUUCUCUGAAUGUUCAAUUGACCUGAUUCCUGAACGAAGAAGGAAGAGGAUUAAUUUGUCUCGUAACUCAAAGUACUACAUGAAGAAGUUGCUUCCUGAUACAAGUGGGAUAACGCUCACUGCCAGGCAUUCAGCUGGCAAUAAAUAGCAAUAGCCGAUCCAAGUCGUGACUUAGUAGUUGUACAGAAUAUAGCUCCUGGCUGGUGUGUUGUAACGGAUGCCCUUUGAGGCUCAAAGCUGUAUUGGCAUUUGGUCAGCGGCUUGACUUGAGAAUCAGAAAUUGAGCAAACACUCAAGCUAGGAGUUGUUUGUAUUUAUCCUAUUGUAUAUUUUGUGCCAGAAGAAACGGAAUAAAAUAUAAAUGUAGCUGUGGAAGGUCGUCUUAAUGGUUGGGGUCUACUGUUGCUUGGUGGUUUGGAG